CACAACGACUUGAACGGGGGAUUAAAAACCGUCCUCUUGACCGCCCCCUCCUCCUCCUUACGCGCCUUUGCUGUUAAGUUAAACAUGGCGAACGGCAACAUGACACUUCACUCUCCGCUCACCGAGAGCUCCUGACGUUACCGCUGUUUUGUGUUCUCCUAGACGCCCGUUAGGGGGUAACUCAGGCUUCAAGCUGCAACAAACUGCCGUUUUUAAGUCCCCUUCGGCCUUAGUCAUGUGAUUUGUAACGUAACCCGACCGGAAAACACCGACAACCAUCGCCGCCAAUGCUGCGCUUUAGAGGAGCAGAGCAGCUGCGAGGGCAACGGACACGAAUCCCGGUAACAACAACAACAAACACGGCAAAGUCCGCGGAUUAGGCCGGAGGAAAGGUGGAACUAUGGAGCUGGCCAACCAUGGUCUUAUCCUCCUGCAGCAGCUCAACGCACAGAGGGAGUUUGGCUUCCUGUGUGACUGCACAGUUGCCAUUGGUGACGUCUUUUUUAAAGCACACAAGGCUGUGCUGGCCGCCUUCUCCAACUACUUCAGAAUGUUAUUUAUUCACCAGGACAGCGACUGUGUCCGUUUGAAGCCUGCAGACAUCCAGCCUGAUAUCUUCAGCUACCUCCUCAACCUGAUGUACACUGGUAAACUGGCUCCUCAGCUUAUAGACCCCGCCCGGCUAGAGCAGGGCGUGAAGUUCUUGCACGCCUACCCCCUCAUCCAGGAGGCUAGUUUAGCUAGCCAAGCAGCCUUCUCUCAUCCUGAACCCAGCAUUCGACUUUCCACUUCUCUCUAUGGCAUCCAGAUAUCAGACCAGCAGGGGACUGUGUCCAACCGUCUCUCAGCCAGGAGGCAGUCUUCACCCAUUGACUCAGACAGCGCUGGUGUGCUUGAUGGGAAAAGCGCUUCCACAAACACGUCUUUCUCGCAGGCAGGGUCUGGAUCCAGACUCCAGCCGGAGAUGGAAGUAGAGGUGUCGAUGAGCCAUAUUCAGUUUGGUAGAGAAGGAUAUGAGGUGGAUGCAUCAGCCUGUGAGACUCCAUCUGCUUCAGCCAGUGUCAGCAGCAACACCAUCCUUCACGUCAAGCCCAGCAUCAUGAGGAGAAGUUCUUCUUUCAGAAAGCACUACACCUGCCAUGUUUGCGGGAGUCGCUUCAACCAGCGAGGGGCUCUAAGGGAACAUCUCCUUUGGCAUACCCAAGCUGUGCCCCCUCUAGUGGUAGAGGCAGGAGGUGCAGCUUCCCCUGUAAUGCCUGGAGGAGCUGCUACACCUGAGGUUGAGGAAGUUCUUACAGGUGUUGGGGCAGCUGCAGCCACUCCCAUUAUGGUGGACAUGGUCAGUGAUGGUGAGCAGCCUCUUUCUGGCGCUAAAGUCUCCCCACGUGCCGAAACGGCCGUCGCGGUCCCUACAACUGCAGCGGCGAGCUUAUGUGCAGCCCAGCCGCAGGCAGACACACCUCCCCCGUCAGAUAUAGCUGACAUCGACAACCUGGAAGGAGCGGCAGACGUGGAGCGGGAGGUCAAGAGAAGAAAGUACGAGUGCUCCACCUGUGGACGCAAGUUCAUCCAGAAGAGCCAUUGGCGGGAGCACAUGUAUAUCCACACAGGCAAGCCAUACCGCUGCAGCGCCUGUGGAAAGAGCUUUUGCCGGGCCAACCAGGCGGCACGCCACGUCUGCCUGAGCCAGGGGGCUGAGUUGGCCUACACUAUGGUGGACAGGCAGAGCAUGGAGUUGUGUGCAGCUGACGACUCCAGCCAGAUGGAGGCGCUGUUCCUGGGCUCCUCAGGGAGACCGUACAAGUGUAACGUGUGCGAAAUGACCUUCUCCAACCCCAACGAAGUCAUCAAGCACCUGUGCUUCAACCAGGGGACGCUCUCUGACGGGAGUGUUUUGGGAAUGGGGGUCAGUGGAUUAAAUAGUGACAAAGUGGCCAAAGAUGAGGGUUCUGAUUCAUCUAGUGGUGGACCAUUAGUAACGGCCAUCAAAACUGAGGAGGUCGUAGUGGAAUAAUACCACCUGUUCUGUAAUCGUUUUCCUUUUUUUCCUAAAUGUGUCACUUUUUUGGGGUUACUCAGAUAGAUUAAGCUAACGAUAUAGGUGGGAAAAAGAGUAAUGUGUAUGUUGUAGGAGACUUUUUUCUACUGACUCUGUUUCUUUUCCAGCGUUAUGCGAUCUUGAAAAGUGAAAGCAGGGAAUUGAGAUGUUUCUUACAACAAGAAGCUCAAACACACAACUACAUGCUUUACUUUUUCAGUCUGCUUGGUUUUAUUUUUUCCUGAAUUGGAGUGGCUAAUUCUGGUUGUUCACAUGUUGAAAGUUGUGGUUUAAGCUUUUCCUCUUUAUAACGGCCAGCAAGAAGAGGAAGUGAAUUGUAGUAAUCACGCUUCUCGUCACUCUGUAUUUCCCUCGUUGGGUAAGUUGACCUGAUCAGAUUAAAGCGGGGCUGGUUUUCCCAUCCCUGUAUGAUCUUAUGAUAACACAAAAGUUUGAGUGAGCUAAAUAAAAUCAUGAAUUUUAAGCAAUAGGCGAAUGAGGUAAUUCUCAGUAUAUUUUUAUUAUUUCUACUGGCCAAAGUAUGUUGUUCCUUCUGUUAUAUAUCAUCUCCCCAGUGUCCCCUCUCUUGGGCAGCUAAAUGUGGUGAUUGCUUAGAGCCUUUGAGGCAAAGGCAUCUGAACAGUACCUCAAUGUGGGUGAACUGAUGUAAAAUAAUUCAAUUUUAGACUUGCUUCUAUUACUCUGUUAUAAUAAACCCAAUUUGGAUCACACAGCUAUUUGUCUGUUGUGGUUGAAAAUGCAGAAGUCAUAGUCACAGUUGCCUGAAAGGCUUCAAGUUGUCCUCAAAAGAAAAAGCUUUGCGGUAUUGCAUAGAAUUAGCAAGCGCAAAAUGGUAUUCUUUACAUGACUGAAUGAGAUUCCUUAUGAAACGGAAAAUGAUAGUAUAUUUUCAAGUGACGAGCUAGUGCAGUUAGUCACUUACUUGAAUGCCAGUCUGUUACCUGAAUGCUAGUUUUC